AUGGCCGACCACAUCCUCGGCCUGCUCUUCGUCACGUCGUCGGCGAGCGAGCGGCACAUCUUCCGGUAUCCGCCCGACCCGACGUCGCCGCUCGACCGGCUCUCGCAGCCCAUCUACCCGCAGGCGACGUACACUGCGCGGGACACGACGGUCGACACAAAGUCGCAGCGGUCGCUGUUCCCCCGGCACCGGGGCGACGCGAGCCGGGGCAGCAUGAGCGCGUCUCGGCCGCACACGUUAUGGUCGAGCGCGCACUCGCGCGGCUCGCGGCUGCGCGGCAGCAGUAACGGCAGCAUCGGGCCCUCGGCGGGUGGCUCGAUCCACUCCCACGUCACCGAGUACGGCUCAGAAGCAGUCCACUCGGGGGACAGCUCGAGCUCGGACGACAGCGAAGACGGGCUGUUUGCCCGGCGAACCGCCGCGCCCCGCACACCGGCAACGUCGAACAGACGCUUCUCGAGCGAGACGGACGGAUCGCGGCACGGCGGCGCAGGCAGCUUACUCAAGCCCAUGACAGAGAUUCCCGUGCGGCGGGACUCGCACGGCGAUAGCGAGGGCGCGCGCCCGAGCGUGCGGCGGAAGAGGACAAAGGACGACUUUAUCGAGGCACAGUACAACUAUGCGCUGGGGUACCCGCUCGAGUUUUUGGCCGAUCUGCUCACGCCGAACCGGACAGAGUGUAAUCGCCGCUUCGAGGUCGGUAUCGACGACCUCGUGUUCCUCGGGCAUCCGGUCAGCGUCAACGCCGACGGGCAGUGGGGGUAUCCUUCCGACGAGAGCCCGGACCGCAGCGGCGGCGACGACGAGGCGCGGCGCGUGUCGCGCGGCCGGAGGAUGGAGCACGCCGACGGGUCGUUACGCCCCGUCGCGGAGCAGCCCGAGACGCCGGUGAAGCGUGCUGGUGCACUGGGGCUGCUCGGCGCGAAUGGAGAGCCGGUGGAGACGCCAGCCAUCGUGGCCGACCGCGGAAGGGCGACGACAAUCGACCGCUUCCACCUCGUGCUUAUCCUCGACAAGCCUGAUCCGAAGCCUGAAACGGACACGGAUGAUUCGAAUGAUGUCUUCAACGAGGCGUACCGCGAGAUUGCGUUCAAGUGGACUGCGGCCGCGUUCGCGCUCCAGGUGAAGGAUAAUUGGGUGGGGCGGGAGACUAGAAAGAUUGCGAAUCUCCGCGAGAAGGCGAUUCUGGAUGGUAUCCCUGUUAUGGAGUGUCUCCGCGAGGUUAUUGAAGUGUCGGAUCUUGGAAGGUCGCUGCACGAGCUGUUUAGCGCGCUGCAUAGGAUCAAGCACAAGCCGCUCAACUCGCUCUUCUCGCACCUGUCGACGACGCUGACAGUGACUGUCGGCACGAUACCCGUCACGAUUGUUGUGCCCCCGCGGUCGACGGAUACAGACGCUGUGCGCGCCGCGCAGGAGGACGACGAGGAUUCGGCGUCGAGCGACUCGGACUCGGACGACGGGUUUGCGGGUCUCGUGAUCGGCCCCGAUGGCUCGCUGAUCGCCAAGCAGCCCGAGCUGCGUGUCGAGCCAUGGCAGACGCUGCUCAUUCUCGACCAGGACGACGCGGACAGCCGCGACGUCGUACCCCGCCGCGGGUCGAAAUCACAGCUCGCAGAGGACGAGCUCAUCAACGCGCUCCUGUCGGCGUGCGACGUGUCCAAGCCGCUCCAUGAGAUUGCGCACUCGCUGAGGUUUGACCUCGACGGGAUUGUGAUUCCCCUCGCGCGUGAACUUGUGCAAAACAAGCGCGCGAUCCUCAUCGACGUGAUUAACAUCCGGUUACGGACGAUCCUGAUGCCGACGAGCGUCAAGGACCAUGAGUGGGUUUGUGGGGAGACAACAAGUGCUGACGACGACAGGCGCACCCUCACGCAGCACAGCGUGCGUUGGUCGGUGGCAUUCCCGACCCUUGGCCCCUUGAUCCCCUUCAUCGCCAUGCUGUCGUCAACGCCGGUGCCUUUCCGCGACAUGCUGCCGCCAGAAGCACAGGCAGACGUCUCCAAACGCGAGGUGUAUAUCCAGGCAAUCACCUGGCUGCUCCGCAACGACCUGGUGCUGCAGUCGCACGUUCGCGCGCGGGUGGUCGCUUCGCCAGUGGUCAAGGAGGCAGCGUGGAGACGGCUGUGGCACCGCCGGCGCAAGCGCUGGCUGCGGGAGAAGGUGCGCACGGUCAGUAUGACCUCCAACACAUCAAACUGGAGCAACACGUCGUCGGGAGUUCUGCCCGGCGCGUCGCCCGUGAGCGACAAGAACGGGCCAGGAAGCGACAACUUCGCGGCAAGGGUCCCCCGCCCGGCAGGCAGCAUCGAUCGGACGUACGAGCGCGCGCUCGAGUUUACGCGCACGCUCUCGCUCGACCCGUCGUACCUCGACUCUGACAGCGAUCUCGAGUUUGACUCGGACGUCGAUGCCGACGGGGACGGCGGCGACGGCGACCGGAAUGAGUGCGCCGAGGGGCAGACGGUGCAGUUCAGUCUCAAGGAGAAUGAGCCGUCGCGCGUGCCCAAGUUCCACGAGUCGUUCAUCUUCAACCCUGCGCGCGCGCAGAAGGACGAGGCGAGAUGGCUGCGUGUCAUUCGGCGCACGACGACGGACGCGGUGCUGCAGUCAAGAUUUGAUCUCUGCGUGCAGUACCUCGACGGCGUGGCGACGUUCGAGGAGGUCAUGUACCGCACCGGGCUGAGCCGGCGCGAGGUGGACAGAAUCGCCUAUGUGUACCGGGAUCAUCUGGUGCUGUCGAUCCACCCAUAGGAGAGAGACCGAGCGAGUCAAUAUUGUACCACACUGCCCGAUGCAUUUCCAACGACGCGACCGGCGAUAGUCGCGCGUAUCGUAUCUCCUCUGA